CAGUAUCAACAUGGCAGCUUUCUGAGUUUUGGUGGAGGGAAGGUGGUGUAAAUAAACACAUAAUUCGUGUUUCACAGACAACGACAUCGUUCGCGUGUUCGUGUUCGGGACUGUCCGGAGCCGCGGAGUGAAAAUGUCGAGUGAAGGAAACAGGAAACAGUUCUGGAAGCGAAACGCAGCUAAGGUUCCUGGCAGCAUUCAACAUGUAUAUGGAGCACAACAUCCACCGUUUGACCCGCUCCUUCAUGCUAAUCUAAUUAAAGCAGGCAACAAGCCUCCUCCUGCCACGCCAGGCAAGCCCAAGAAGGCGACCACCUUCCAGGAGUUUGAGAGCAUAACCAGUGAUGCCUGGGAUGUCGGAGAUGAUGAUGAUGAGCUGCUGGCCAUGGCUGCACAAAACCUCAACAUUGAGGUGGUCAUGGAGACAGCCAAUAAGGUAAUAGAGAAUCACAGCAAGCAGCAGGAGAGACAGAGGCUGGACGACUCCACAGAGCUAGAGCAGAGAGAAGAGGACACACAGGAGGAAACGGCAGAGGACGAAGAGGAGGACGAGGAGGAGGAUGAAGAGGAGGAAGAGGAAGAGGAGGAGGAGGAGGAGGAAGAGGAGGAGGGAGACGUGACCAGCCCAGAGGUGUCGUUUGCCUCCCAGAGCAGCCCUUAUACUGAUGGUCGCCUGGUUAAGUCCCAAAGCGAAGCUCCAAUUGGGUCACCUAAAGAUGCAGCGGGUGAGUGUGCAGCCCUCCACAGACAGCGUUCUCUGCCUCACCGGCCACCCGUUAUCCCACUAGUGGCUCGCAUGGCUGACCAGAACACAUCUGGCACCCCAGCCAUGACAGAGAGGGAAGCGUCCCGCCUGGACAAGUUCAAACAGUUGCUGGCUGGGCCCAACACAGAUCUGGAGGAGCUGCGGAAACUCAGCUGGUCUGGAAUUCCAAGACAGGUCCGGCCGAUCACAUGGAAACUCCUUUCAGGUUACCUGCCAGCCAAUGCAGAGAGGAGAGAGAGCGUCCUACAGAGGAAGAGACAAGAAUAUUUCGGCUUCAUCCAGCAGUACUACAACUCCCGCAACGACGAGCACCAUCAAGACACAUACAGACAGAUUCACAUUGACAUACCGAGAACUAAUCCCCUUAUUCCUCUUUUUCAACAAGCUUCUGUCCAAGAGAUUUUUGAGCGGAUCCUGUUCAUAUGGGCCAUUCGCCACCCGGCCAGCGGCUACGUGCAAGGCAUCAACGACCUGGUCACACCGUUCUUCGUGGUCUAUGUCUUUGAGUACAUUGAAGAGGAAGUGGAAAACUUUGACGUGUCCAGUCUCCAAGAAGAGGCCCUGAGGAACAUUGAGGCUGACAGCUUCUGGUGCAUGAGCAAACUGUUAGACGGCAUCCAGGACAACUACACUUUUGCCCAACCUGGGAUCCAGAGGAAAGUCAAGGCCCUGGAGGAGCUGGUCAGCAGGAUUGAUGAGUCCGUUCAUCGCCACAUGCAGCAGUACGAGGUGGAGUAUUUGCAGUUUGCCUUUCGCUGGAUGAACAACCUCCUGAUGAGGGAGCUGCCGCUGCGGUGCACGAUCAGACUGUGGGACACUUACCAGGCCGAACCAGAGGGCUUCUCCCAUUUCCACCUCUACGUGUGCGCAGCCUUCCUGGUGAGGUGGAGGAAAGAGAUUCUCGAGGAGAGGGAUUUUCAGGGGUUAAUGAUCCUCCUGCAGAACCUUCCCACAAUGCACUGGGGUAACGAGGAAGUUAGCGUGCUGCUCGCCGAAGCCUACCGGUUGAAGUUUGCCUUCGCUGAUGCGCCCAACCACUACAAGAGAUGAUGAGUGUGGCUCAUCUGCAGUUGCUCCCAAUCCCUUCCUUCUCCUCUUACUCCUCCUCUUUCCUUCCCCGCUCUCAUCUACUGAACCUAAAGGCCUCUCUAUUCCUGUAUGGAAGGACCUCCCCUAUUCUUAACCCCUUUUCCCAAAUCGCCCCAAUGGGCCUUUCAGCAACUAAGAGAUUCAAAUCAACCAAUGACUUGGAGGAGAGGACAGGCGGUGUCGUGUUCUAACAAGUUGAUGUGGAGCCUUUUUUUUGUCUUCUUCUUUUUUUUUUUUUAUUAAGUUUAUUUUUCUCUGAUCAGCUCUGAAAGGUGCACUCCUACAAUUGCAGUCAUAGUGCAGAACCCUCAUCUUCAUCACCGAAGACCACAACUUUGUGUUUGUUCUGCUCUUGCCGACACCCCAGAAUACAACCUCAGGCCUGAUGUGGGACUGUGAGCUGGUGCUCAGCAGUGCCUGAGGUCUCGGGUGCUUCUUUUCUGCUUUCUCUUGUUGUUUCCAGUACCAUGGCAAUAUAUUAUUCUUUGUUCCCCAAGGCAAAAAUGUGACCCUUUGUCUUUUUCAGUUUGCAAAGACAGAGAGUGACGAGUGGCAAAAAGGGCACAGCUCUAGAUGUUUACGUGUCUGAGCCCCUCUCCUGGUCAACACAGAACCUGAAGGAACAGGAACUCGACUGUUUUUCUUCCUUGUCUUCACGGGGGAUUGUUUUUUUUUUUGUUUUUCAUAAACACAUCAGGAUUUUACAUGGGAAGAAAGAGAGAGAAUGAGAGAUUGUUAGUCUUGGUGGGGUAUUAUCAUGUCUUCUUCCUUCCACAAACCAUGCACACCGGUUAAAUCGACGUAUUUUCUUCUUCUUCUCCCACCAUCGCCAACAUAAGAGACAAACAGAGGUCAGGAGAGUCGCACAUACACAAUAGCUAUUUAUUUCCACUCGUUAGGAUUCCCUCCAACCUAACUAUACAGUAUGUAAAGUCUUAUUUAUUCCUGCUCCUCCACUCCUACCUCAGAACACCGUUAUAAAAACACGCUCAUUAGAGCGUACGAAGACCGUAAAUCAUUAUCAUGUUCAUUGUAUCAGAAAAAGACUCACACCAUCACAUACCCUUCAGUUCGGUGUCAAAACACACUGCGGUUAAUUCAAUUAUUUAGCACUUGGCAUAGGAAGACUUAUUUGUGAAAUUGUGAAAAACAACAACGAUUUUGCCUUCAAUAAGGUAUGUAGUAUAUUUCUUUCUCUCUUACAGGCUUUAUUUUCUUCUCAAUGUUAAAAGGUUAAGCGAUCUUUUCCAGUGGUUCGGUGUAAGUGGACACCAACAGUGACAUGUGUUAGCCAAAAUAAAACUUUCUGACUUUUUGAAACAUGUUACUAACCUGAACCCAUGUGCAGCAGUUUCAAUUUACCUUAAAAGUUAUACUUUUAAUGAAUGUGUGUAUUAAUUAAUAAGUUGCAUGUCAUCAGAUGGUUGUGGAGAACAUCCUGGAGUUGUACUGGGUACACUUACCAAAUGCUAAAUUGUCUUAAUAUUUUUAGAUUUCUUGAUGCUUUUUGUUGCACUAAAUCGCAUAUUUCAUGGAUUCUUUUUUUUUUUUCGGUCACAUGGUGGGCAAAAUCAGUUUUAACGCUGAGAGACUUGGAAAAUCAAAACGAUGACAAUAUAGUCUUUUGGUUUUGUUUCUGCACAUACAUUAACGAAAGAGCAGGUGUACUUAAUUAUGGCCUUAUUAUUGUUAUUAUCUGUGCAUCUGCUGUUUUUGUCAUCUUUGUCACAUUCAAAGCAUGUGUCUUAACCAAAGUCACUGUCACCAGAAUCGGUGUGAUGUUGGGAGGAAGUGAUGUGGAUGUGAUCAGACGUUCACGGCACAACACGUUGCUGUACUGUAGAUGUUUGGAGCCUAUUUGCGGCUCUUGACAGGAUCCAUUACUGUCAGCGAGCUCCACAAAGACGGUGUGCAUAGAUUUGUGGGAGACACAUGUGUCUCUUUGGAGGUUUCUGAGCUUAUUUUCUUUCUUUUUUUUGUGAGAGCUGCCAGUCCCUGAUCGCACAGUGGGAUAUUUUCUUUUCUUCUUUUGUCAACUUCACCAGUUUCACAGACACAGAAG